AUGUUCUCUCGGAUAGCCAGAUCAGCUGUGAGUAUUGCUCGCAGCUUCUGCAGCUCUUCCCAGAGCAAUACAAAGGUGACAGUGUUGGGUGCAUCUGGGGGCAUCGGCCAGCCCCUGUCACUGCUGCUUAAGAAGAGUCCACUGGUCAGCCAGCUCUCGCUUUAUGACGUUGUCCACACCCUCGGAGUGGCUGCAGACCUCAGUCACAUUGAGACCAGGGCCCAGGUCACUGGCUACGUCGGCCCUGAACAACUCCCGCAAGCUCUGAAGGGGAGUGAAGUUGUCGUCAUUCCUGCUGGAGUGCCCAGGAAGCCCGGGAUGACACGGGAUGACCUCUUCGGAACCAACGCCUCCAUCGUGGCCACCCUGGCUGAUGCCUGUGCCCGCAACUGCCCUGAAGCUAUGAUUUGUCUAAUCACCAACCCGGUAAACUCCACUGUUCCCAUAGCUUCAGAGAUUCUUAGGAAGCAUGGAGUUUACAACCCUAAGCGGGUCUUUGGUGUGACGACGCUAGACAUCGUCAGGGCUAACACCUUCGUGGCCGAACUCACGGGACUGAAUCCUGCUCAUGUCAACGUCCCUGUAGUUGGUGGCCAUGCGGGCAAGACCAUAAUUCCGGUCUUAUCUCGGUGCACUCCCAAAGUGGAGUUCAGUGUGGAUACUCUCACUAACCUCACGAGGCGUAUCCAAGACGCAGGCACUGAGGUGGUGAAGGCGAAGGCUGGGGCAGGCUCUGCCACCCUCUCCAUGGCGUAUGCAGGGGCUAGGUUCGCCGUGUCUCUGCUGGAUGCCAUGAAUGGCAAAGAAGGGGUCAUCGAAUGUGCAUUCACACGGAGUGGAAAGAAACCUAGCCUUGGCAAGCUCUCCGCCUUGGAGACCAAGCUGGUGGCGGAAGCACUGGACGAGCUGAAGGCCUCCAUUAAGAAGGGGGAGGACUUUGCGAGUGCGCCAACACUUUAA